GUCCAAAUGGUACGACUUUUGCGAUUCGGAUCUACGCACGGCCAUGCAGCUAAUCCGGUACACCGACGGGUUCAACACGUUGAAAAUACACUGGCCGCUGAUACAGGGUCUCUGCGAGAAGGUCGCUUACGGCGGUCGCAUCGACAACGAUAAUGACUUCGAAAAACUGGAACAUUUGCUACGAGAGUUUUUCGAUGAAAAGAUCAUGACUAGUCGCUGGCAGCCGAUGUUUAUGAACGUUAGCUUUCCGAAUUCUAAUAACUUGGAGGACUACGUGAAAGUGCUUGAUCAACUGCCCGACACGGAAACUCCCAGCCUGUACGGAAUUCCUGUUUCAACCAAUGCUUCGCGGGAUGUGAUUUUCUGUAGGAACACCUUGAAGGAACUACGGCUAAUGUACUUUAGUAGCACAACAGCCCAAAAUUACGAGAAACGCGUCAAACCGAUUAUUAACCUAUGGAAUAAGUUGAUGAAUGGCACGAUCGCCCAACGGCUAGACGGAAUUGUCGAUCGCAACAAAAACAAGGACGAUCCUUGGAUGAUAUUCGUCUUGUCGGAGUUGACGAUCGUUAGCAAUCUUUACGACGCGAUCAACGAAUGUCUGCAGACUAUCAAGAACUCGUUGAAAGAAAUCAAUAUUAUUUCAGGUAAAGAUCGCUCGAUGCUUGUUACCAUAUGCGACAAUCAGGUACCCCUGCAAUGGCGUCGAAUCUGGAGUGGACCCAAAACUGUGAUCGAAUACCUGAAGGCGAUUGGGUUCAAGACCAAGGAAACUGAAGAGCUAUACAAUAGUUUGGUGGAAGAGAAAGCGAUCAAGGAAAUCAAUUUCAACUGCCUGUUCAAUGUUGAAGGAUUUCUAACAACGAUCAAACUUAUUAAAUCGCACGAACUGAGUGUGUCAACGACGGAGCUACAGCUGUGUGCUUACUUCGAUGAUCGAAGAAGGGAAACGGCUCUAACUAUCGCUCAGUUGUUGAUUGAUGGUGGUUCUCUAGCGAACGGAAGGCUUACGAUCAAACAAGGAGCUAUGGAGCAAACCGGUCCCGUUUACACAGGAACUUUCAGCUUAGAUUAUACCUUGUUGCCUAGUAAUGUGCAAACCAGCUCUGCUAGCAAAACUCGCGACGAUCGGUUUGAAAUUCCACUGUACAGCAACAUUUCACGGGAUAAUUUGAUCUGCGAAAUUACUGUCGAUGUUGGUCAAGGGAUUGGCAGAUCCCAGCUGGUGGCAGCAGGAAUUGCCUUCGUCGUACCCGAAAGCUACUAG